AUGUAUCGUGUUGGUUGUGUCUAUACUUUCGAGUUGCUAAGUAGCGAACUAGCGGUUAUCCUUAAAAUAAAUGCGGGAUUAAUCCUACCUAUUUUUAAAUACUCUACUUGUACUGGAGUAACCGGUUAUAUAGUAUUUUAUCUUCCCUACGUUAUAAGAAAGAAAAAGGAAGUGCUAUUAAGUAGUAAGGAUGAUUUAUUAAAAGUAGAGGUCUAUAUUGUAGGGUUGGGAGAAUUAAAAAUAAGCGAAAAAGCUAAAAUAAGCUUUGUUAAUAGUAAACCGUUUACUUAUAAUAUAAGGUUUUAG